AUGUCUGACAUGGUCAAUAUCAACAAACUCAUUUUGGUCACAGAGCGAAUCACAAAGUUAACAACUGGGUGCCAUACUAUUCUCGAAAAUUUAGCUCAUGAAUUCAGCAAUGACAAGACGGUACUGAGAUUCUAUGCUGGUUUUGUUGAAGACGUUUUAUUCAAUGCUGAGUUCGCUCAAGAAAUGUACACUGACGCUUCAGUUCUCGAAGAGGAAGAUAGUAAGAGAGUUGAGAUGGUCAUUACAAAGAGUAAUAGAAGAAUUGUUCCUUUAUCAGAGUCUGUUGAUAAUGGCUCUCUAAGUUAUGAGAAAUCCUUUAAUGAGAAGCUUGAAAAGGCAAAAGAUGCAUUCCAAGAAAACAGAAAACGGUCUCUAGAAAUUUUGAGUGUGAACAUGAAUGAUGAUAAGGAAUCUGACUUGGGAACUGAUGCAUUUGAGAAUCCACUUGUGAAGAAAGAGUCCAUGUUCAAGCUAGCACUGAACACGCCAACAGUUGAUUUAGCACAAAAGAUUCUUUUUUAUUGUUUGAUUGGCCUAAUGUUUAGUUUGUUAAUUGCAGGAUUUGUAAUGUCUGUUCAAUUUUCCAUUUCUGCAUUACAAGAAGUUCCAAGAGUCAAGACCACUUGUAAAACAUUGAUAUCUCCCAUCUCUACAAUAUCUGAUUUAAGAAUGAAACAAUUAUUGAUAACUGCUUUCAAUGAUUCAAGAAUCAAUCCACCAACAAGCACCCUUAAACAACAAAAGAUUAACACGAUUCAAGACUUUGAGAAAUUAUUUACAGAAAGAAUUUUAUCACAUAACAAGGCCCUUGAUGAUCUUUCACAUUUGGCUAAUUAUGGUGAACUUUCAGACGAAAUGUUGACGGAUUAUAAACAGAAUAGAUUUAUCCUUAAACUUCCAGAAAUUCCACAUGGUAGCCCAUUAGAAAGGUAUGAUGGUUAUUUUGAAACCAACACAUCAGUGACUGAAAUUUCACAAGCAAUUAGGAGAUAUGCCGACACAUUUUUGUACACCAAUUUAACAGCUAUUGAGACAACUACUGAUUAUUCCUUCAUGUUUUUCUGGUAUAACAAGUACAUUCUUCAAGAUUCAUUGGAGGGAUUUUGCUAUGAGUUUAUCCAAAGAAGUCAAGAACAAAUCAGCAAAAUUCAAUUCUCGUUCAUGAUUUUUUUGAUAGUUAGCUCUGCAACAAUAAGUGUAAUUUCUACACUAGUUAUUUCCUUCCUCGUUUACAAAACAUACUUCAUUGAUGGAAGUAUUAAGCUAUUCUCCAAAACAUUAGCAAAGGAUGCAAUCGGAAAAGUUUACCACAGAUUGGGUAAGAUUGUUAAUGAAAGAGCAUCUACUCAUGUAUCCAAGCAUUCGCUCUUCAGACCUAGAAAUUUGAUUGUUCUUUUUGGACUGGCUUUAACCUUAAUACUAAUUGCUUCAAACGGAUUAUUCUUUGUUCAAGUGAUUUUGAACUGUACUGAUGGAACUGAUGUUAUGGAUGAUGUAAAGUAUGUAUUUUGA